CUACUUCGAUACUCGCUAUACCAAUCUCGUAAUCCGCAAACCAUGGCAGAAUCACAAGUGCCCGCGCGUGGAGUGCCACCACCUAGCGACGGACUAUCGGCUGUGCGCGUCGUCUUCCCGACUACUGAGGAAGAAUUCAAGAACGACGUGCGCGUUUCAUUCGACAAGCUCAGCAACAAGUGGGUUCUUGAAGAGGACAAUGGUGACGAAUACGAGUGGAACCCGCAAUAUCAGAAUUGGGUUCCUGCAGUCGACGAGGCUCUCAUGCAACAGCAAGCGUCCAUCUAUGCCAUGAAGGACGUCGACGAGACUGCACCAGCAAUCGACAACAAGAAGCGCAAAGCAGAAAUCAAAGCCACCAAGCAGGACAAGAAGCCCAAAAUUGAACGCCCGAACAGCGCCGUCUACGUAACAGGCAUUCCACUGGAUGCCAGCAUUGACGAGAUUCACGACGUUUUCAAGAAGUACGGCAUCAUUGAGGAGGACAUUCACACAAACCUACCCAAGAUCCGCAUGUACGCCGAUGAUGAGGGCAACUUCAAGGGUGAGGCAAAGGUCAUAUACUUCAAGCCUCAGAGUGUCAGUCUGGCCAUUACCAUGUUGGACGGCACCGACUUCCGCAAGCCUGGAGAUGGAGAUCUACACGUCGAAUUGGUCGAUGACUCCUACUCCAACAGAAACAAGGACCAAAAGGAUCAGAAAGAGCAGAAGGAAGUGUCGGUUGAGAACAUCAAGAAGAGACGUCCCAAGCAAGACCGCUACUUGGCCAUCGAGAAGACAAGACAGAUGAACGCCAUCGCACUGAUAUUACACGCAGCNCGCCUAGCAGACUGGGAUGAUGAUGAUCCGAGUGUUGUCGCUCCUCCGCCGAACCCCUCAAAGUAUGCCAAACUGGUUGUCCUUAAACACAUGUUUACCCUCGAGGAACUGGAAGAAGACGCUGGCGCCCUGAUUGAGAUUAAAGCCGACAUUCGUGACGAAGCCUCCAAAUAUGGCGAAGUCACCAACACUGUGCUGUACGACCUUGAACCCCAAGGUGUCGUCACUGUACGCUUCAGGGAAGCAGACUCUGCUGCCCUCUGUGCCGAAGCCUUUAAUGGUCGCUGGUUUGACAAGAGGAAGGUCAUCGCCUAUGUACCACAGCAUCGUGAAGACUUCGCGAAGAGCAAGGGGAGCGGUCAAGAUGGUCUCCAAGAUAUUGACGAGGAUGAGCCCGAUGACGAUGACGAUGAGAAGGAGCGUGUUGCAGGCUCUGCCGUCGAAGGCCACCGUACAUUAGAGGCUGANAAGGAGAAGGACCCCGCUUUGGAAGCACAGAACGUGCAAGACGGCGGGCUAAAAACAAAUGCUUAG